UUUUUCAGGCGUCUUCUUCAGGAAUUCUCUUCUAAUUUCAAAUUUUAUUUUGAUCACCCCAGAUAGAGAGAGAGAGAGAGAGAGAGAGAGAGGCACUGCAUUCUUCCGUGUUCUUCAUCUGGAAUCACGAAUUACAAUGUCGAAGAAGCGAGGGCUUUCCCUGGAGGAAAAGCGGGAGAAGAUGCUUCAGAUAUUCUAUGACUCACAAGACUUCUUUCUCCUGAAAGAGCUUGAGAAAAUGGGUCCUAAGAAGGGUGUAAUCAGUCAGUCGGUGAAAGAUGUUGUUCAGAGUUUAGUAGAUGAUGAUCUUGUCUCAAAGGACAAGAUCGGAAGUUCUGUUUACUUCUGGAGUCUUCCCAGCUGUGCUGGCAACCAGCUAAGGAAUAUACGUCGAAAGCUUGAAUCUGAUCUUCAGGGCGGUAAGAAAAGGCUGGCAGGACUUGUAGAUCAGCGUGAGACCCUAAAGAAGGGAAGGGAAGAAUCUGAAGAACGUGCAGAGGCCUUGGCCAAACUUAAAGAUGUCGAGAAGCAAUACAAUGAACUGAAGAAUGAGAUGGGACAAUAUGCAGACAAUGAUCCAGCCACCCUUGAGGCAAUGAGGAGUGCAAUUGAAGUUGCUCACCAAGCUGCCAACAGAUGGACAGAUAACAUCUUCACAUUGCGACAAUGGUGUGGAAACAACUUUCCCCAGGCCAAAGAUCAGCUGGAACAUUUAUACAAGGAGGCGGGGAUCACAGACGAUUUUGACUAUCUAGAGUUAUCUCCUUUUCCAUUGAGUUCAUUCCAUGACUCAGAUUCUGGAAGGCAUCUCACUGGAGAUGCAGCUUAGCCGCAAAUUUCCAGCACAGUAAAAUGGGCUGUAGUGAAUCCUGAAACUUUGUUUUUUCUUCAUGAUUUUCCUUGGUUUAAAAAAUUUAUCUUAUAUGGUAAAGGAAGUAACAAUCAUCUGGAGUUGUUAUCUCAUAUAGGCGAAAGGUCGGGUUAUAAACUUUUCCACAUUAGUUUCUGAGAUUUUGGUACAUCUAUGCAGAUUUGAAUUUGAGCU